AUCACAUGUUGUUCCCAAGUUGUUGCCUCCUGUCGCUGUCUGUACUUUGGGACUGGUCAGUGCUGCCAAGGCGAGGCGUCCUGUCAUAGAAGACCUGCUCCAAAUAAUGUACACAAACCUGUUUUAAAACAGCACAAAUACUAUUACAAAGUCAAAAGAUGGAAGUGCAGGACAAGGAGUCUCUGGGGAGAUGGGAUGGAAUAGGGAGUCGAGAUGCCAGCUCCAGAACUGAAGCCAUGGAGAACAUCAGUCAGGAGGUCAUGAAAAAAGUGGAGAUUAUCGGGCCCUUACCAGCGCUGGUCCCUGCUCCUCCAGCCCCUGGAAGCCCUCCCAAAAGUGAUCUGAACGACAUCCUGGCUCAUCUGCUCAUGCUUUCCAAAAAGUGUCCUUUCGAAGAUGUCAGGGAGGGAUGUCUUCGCCUUCUGCAGGGGGUGCAGAAUUCUGGAGUAAGGAUUCCAAGACCUUUGGGAAACGGACCAAGCAGAUUUAUCCCAGAAAAAGAGAUCCUUCAAGUCAGUAAAGUGGACGCCAGAACACAGUCAAUAUUUGAGGAUGCGUUUUCAGCCCUCGGUCGCCUGGACAACAUUUCCCUGGUUAUGGGCUUCCACCCACAGUACCUGGAGAGUUUCCUCCGGACACAGCACUACCUGCUGCAGAUGGACGGACCCCUACCUUUGCACUACCGGCACUACAUCGGCAUCAUGGCGGCAGCUAGGCAUCAGUGUUCGCAUCUGGUCAACCUGCAUGUGAAUGACUUCCUCCAGGUGGGAGGAGAUCUGAAGUGGCUGAAAGGCCUGGAUGAAGCACCACAGAAGCUACAGCAGCUCGGAGAACUCAACAAAAUCCUGGCCCACAGACCGUGGCUGCUCACCAAGGAACACAUCGAGCAACUUCUAAAAGCCGAGGAGCACAGCUGGUCUCUGGCGGAGCUAAUCCAUGCCGUGGUCCUCCUCACACACUACCACUCCCUCGCCUCCUUCACAUUUGGCUGCGGCAUCAUGCCUGAGAUUCAGUGUGACGGCGGACACACCUUCAGACCCCCCUCCCUGAGUCACUACUGUGUUUGUGACAUCGCUAAUGGCAACGGUCAUCUGAAUCACCACGAUGAUCUGCUCAGAAACCAGGAGGUUUGUGGUGAGGUGGAGGUGCUGAUGGAGCGGAUGAAGCAGCUGCAGGAGUGCCGUGACGAUGAGGAGGCCAGUCAGGAGGAGAUGGCCACACGCUUUGAGAGAGAGAAGACAGAGAGCAUGCUGGUGGUCUCAGCGGAGGAGGACGAGUGCGUUCCCUCGAGAGACAUCUCCCGACAUUUUGAGGACCCCAGCUACGGCUACAAAGACUUCUCAAGGAGAGGGGAGCAUGUGCCCACCUUCAGAGCACAGGAUUAUAGCUGGGAGGAUCAUGGCUUCUCUCUGGUCAACCGACUGUAUCCCGAUGUUGGUCAGAUGCUGGACGAGAAGUUCCAGAUGGCCUACAACCUGACCUACAACACCAUGGCAACGCACAAGGAUGUGGACACCAGUAUGCUGCGCAGAGCCAUCUGGAACUACAUUCACUGCAUGUUCGGGAUCAGGUAUGACGACUACGACUACGGGGAGAUAAACCAGCUCCUCGACCGCAGCUUUAAGAUCUACAUCAAGACCAUGGUGUGUAGUCCUGAGAAAACCACCAAACGAAUGUAUGAGAGUUUCUGGAGGCAGUUUCAGCACUCUGAGAAGGUCCACGUUAAUCUGCUUCUUAUGGAAGCGCGUAUGCAGGCAGAACUUUUAUACGCUCUGAGAGCGAUCACUCGCUACAUGACAUGAAGUGCUUUUGGCUUUUUUUUGUCGUUGUUUACUGUCAUUUUGCUAUCUUUUCUGGGACACAUCAAGAAAAAUGGAGAAGAAGGAUAAGAACAAAAGAAAGACAAAUCCAGGGAUGGGGUGGGGGGGCAAACAAAAAACAUCUUCUGAAGAAGCCUCAUCUCAAGCUACAAGGGAUUUCAUGAACUAUUUGUGUUGCCUGCAGUGCCAAAAGCGACCAUGAGAGGUCAGCCUGGAGCAAACUCCUGCUCAGCUGGUGGAGUUUGAGCCAGGCCGCAGUACUGGGGUUUAGGGGCAGGCAACCAGGACAACGUCACAGUAUUUCAGCAUGCAGCACAUUGAUUGCCAAUCUCUUUUGAGUAGGGAUGUACGAUAAUAUCGGCCGACCGCCAAAUGAUAAACAGUUCAUCGCUAUCCACUUGGCUAGGCCAUUCGCAGGCCUGUCGGUCACAGACUUGCUCAUACGCGGGGUGUUCUCCUCAAGUUUAGUUUGGCAAAGAGCUUUGCUGUGACUCGCUAAGGGCGGGCAUACACUGUACGAUUUUAGCCCAUUUUUGACCCGAUUUUUGUGAUAGUAACCAUGACUGUACGUCAGUGGCAUGAAAAUAUGGAGGCGAGAUUGAUAGAGCUGUGGCACUGUCCGCAAUGUCCACAGCUGUCAACAGACAGGACAGUCAGCACGACGAGCCGUUUUCACCCGCACAGUGUGAGCUCUCUGGUCGUGUUCGAUGAUCUGACUGUACAGUGUGAGUACAUAAAUCGUGAGCUUUGUCCGUACAUCACUCGUACAGUGUGUGAUGGUAUCAACGACAAGAUUUUAAAAAAUCGUACAGUGUACGCCCGGCGGACAACUGUCACAAGCUCCUCCUUUUUUUUCUAAAAAAUGCAACUCACAUACAGCAACAGUAAAGCUAGAGGUUAAAAAUUAGAUUAACGCAAUUAAAAAACAUAACGUGCUAAAUGUGUCUGUAAUUAAUUAAUCGCAAUUAACACGUUAAUUUGACACCUUAAGUGCAAUGCCCGGCAACAGAGCAGUCAGAUGCCUCCAGUGCUCUGAAGAACUUUUAUUGAAACACAAUUGCAAUAACUCGUUCUAAACUUGUUUACUCAACCCAGUUUCUCCGGAAAUUAAGUGUUUGGACAAUAUCGCCAUAUUAGAUAUUGGCAAAAGGUUUAAUAUCGGACAUCCCUACUUUUAAGUAAAGACUCAUAGAAAGUUCCCAGAAAGCUGUGCAGCCACAGAGUCUGCACAUUUGUGUUUGUUUAGUUUCUCUUGACUGUCUUUGUGUUUUGUUUUGUAAUAGGAGCAGUAGGUGCUGUUUGUCAAUGUGGUUGCUGUCAGUGCAGUUGAAAGCAUAUACGUUAAGGCAUUGUUUAGGGUUUUUUUUUUUUUUUUUUUUUAACUUUAACUUUAACGUGUGCCUGAACUAUCCGGCACAGUGUGCAUACGUGCUGAUGCUGCUGCUCCCAUGUUGUAUUCUGUGGGAUCAUAUUGAUCUUUUAAUCACCCCCUCAUCACCUUCUUAUUCCCCAUUAGCCCCCUAUCCAUUUUUUAAAAAAAUGCAUUAACCCCCACCUCCUUUUCCGAUCCCUUUAUCCCAAAAUCUUAAAACGUCAAUGUAAGCUAACCCGAGGAAUGUGUGAAACCUGUAGAGAAAAACUCAAAGAACACUGAGCCCUUUUUGAGUUUGACUGUACACGUGUGGGUGUGCGUGGAUGACUUUUGUGUUCACAGUGACUGAGGUGUGGAUGUCUCUCUGUGGUGUGUGUGUGUACAGUAUGUGAGUGUGUAUGUUUCACACAUGACAGAGGAAAAGAAAAUCUUUAUAGUACGUCUUUAGAUUUCAUGUGUCAAAAAAAUGUAGCGAGGCACUUUGAAGGAAAGACUUCUUGCUUCUGCUGUAGCUCUGUUAUAGUGAAAUAACUGUUUUAUCAUUUGUAAAUGUUGAUGACGAUCUUGUUUUCUGUUUUUGGAAAAAGACAAAAAAAAUCUUUAAAAAGAAAGUUAGAAAAACCAGGUUUUCCAGGAGGGAUUUGCUUCCGGUUUGCUCUAAACCACACUUUAUCUGUCUUCCGCUUAUCCCAGCUGCCUGGUGGCCCUAACAGUUUCAAAGCUUUGGAUUGUGAAUUUUACCAGUGAAUGAAUACCUCUUCAGUUUUUUGUUUUUCAAUGUAAAAACAUACGAGAAGUGCUCUUUUAUGGAGCAGAGACUCUCUGUUUCUGGGGCUGCCGUGUUUCCCUCACUGGGAGAUCCGGCCGGCCCUCAUGGUGCCGACUGCGUUCGAUAAUCUCUCGAACGCAAAAGGUUGUAGCUGUGCUUUUUUCCCUGCCGGGGAAGUCUAACAACUGCAGAAGCAUCUUUUUGUUUCAUUUUUAUUAUGAACAGAGGUAUGAAAAAAAACUCUGCUAUUUUGUUUUUGUUUACUAAAACCUGUAAAAACUGCAUUCUUCUGAGUUUGUGAGAAGAGAAGCAGACAGAUGAGUGAUGGUGCAGGAGGAGCGUGAUGAUGAUGAUGAUGAUCAUUAAGGAAUGGUACAUUUGCAGGUGGUUUUGAGAGGAAGUGGAGGUUUGUUUUUUCUCAGACAUUCUGACUGAUGUCAGUUACUGACACUUUUUAUAUGGAAGUAAAUGGAAAAAAAAUUGACAAAAAAAAUAAACUAUGGUAUUGAAUCGUUGUGUACCCUUCGUAGUUUUCUCCUGAGUAGUUUGAUUUUCGUGGCUUUUAAUGCAGAUUAUAUCAGACGAGAGGAAUCAACAGUCAACAGCACAAUCAGUGUUUCUAUCGACUCACUUCCACUGCUCAGUUGCACAAGUGCAGGCAGCACGCUGCGUAAGCCGCUGUAACUUGUAUUAAGCAAAUUCGUUUUAUGCAAAAAGGAUGAUUCAUCAGAGAUGUGAGGUUUGACUCACGUCUGGAUUUCAAAAUCAAAGCUGGACUCAGGUGGAUUUUUUUGUUUUUUGUUUUUAGUAUCAGUGAGGUCCAGGAAGUUUGCUUUUACUCUAUAAGCUUAACAGGUCAAAGGUUCUCUAUGGAAAAACAAUUCAACGGGACGAGAGAGAGUGAUCCGUUCUCCUCACCUCUCUGGGUCAAAUCCCUGAUGAUUUGCCUUUUGAGGCUGGUCAACAUCUGAACCUGAGACCACUGUCUGUCGGAACACAAUCACCAGCAGAAACUCAGCGUUGCCCCCACUGACCAAACUGCCUUCACGCUCACAACAGUUUUUGGUGUUAUCGCUCAGCCAACAGCCUUUCAUAUCAAGCUGAGAGAUUCUGUGGAGAACAAUGUUUGGAUUUUAUAUUGUGGUUGUUCUACAUUCAUGUGAGAUCUGUGGGGAACAGACAUCUUUCAAUUUUGCAUUAAGUGCCGGUCAUUUGUUUUGAUGUUAUAACAAUGUGAUUUGAAUAAAUACUGUACUUUAGGCAACUUGGUGUAACUUGUAAGCACUGCCUGGCCCCGUAUCUGUGUCAUAAUAAAGGCUUUGAGAAGCAAA